AUGACGAAUUCAAUACUGGAUUGCUUUCGUGGUUAUUUUCAGCGGGUUGGAGGAGGCGGCCGAUACUCCGUCCCGCGUCUUGCCCCUGUGAUUCUCGGCAUGAGCCUCAUCGCGUUGCUCGGUGCCCUCGUCGGCUGGUUCGGCGCCCAGAAGCUGUCCAUCAACAAGCCAGCCGCCAUAUCAAGACAGAUUCAGCAGGCUCAGGUCAUGGAGAAGCCGUGCGGUGAGACACCGGCCGAGGCGCGGACCCGGGGCUGCUACUUGGACGUCAUCUCGUUCUGCUGGCUGCCGGAGCGCUGCUACGACGCCGAGCUGUCGCAGCACUUGACCGGGUGA